UUUUGUAGAAUGUUGGAAGAAUUGUUAACUUCUAAUUUGGAUUUAAAGGAUGUAAUUAUUAAAUUAUUUGUUAAUGUUCAAGACCUACAAAAAAUGUUUUUGGAAGAGAAAAAUAAAAAUUCUGCUUUGGAAUUACGAGUAAAGAAUUUAGAAGACAGAAAUCAAUUUUUAGAGAAUAAAAUUAAAAAGAAUAAACAACGAGUACAACUUAUCCAUAAUGAAAAUAAAGAAGAAAUUUUAAAUUUGAAAAAGCAAAAUGAUAAGAAAAUUCAAAAGUUAAGCUCUGCAUUAAAUAAAAGAAUUGACAAUUUAACCUCGAAAUUGGAGCAAUUGGAUAAAAUGUCCGUAAAAAGAGUGUGCUUUUUACCAUUUCCAAACAAGUGGACAACAAUAAAUUCUUUAUGUUGUGACAAUGAUUGUGUAAAUACAAAAGCUCCUGGGGGUUUGUGUGUUAAUGGGAAUGGGUUUAUUAAUUUGUACAGUGACAGUGUGAAAUAUUAUGAAUGUGAAGAAGAUAGAGGAACAAAUGUAACAUGUUCUAUUGAAGCACAAUUUAGACUUAUUAAGCCUGAAAAAGAUUACUUCUUUUAUUCUCUAUUCUAUUAUGAAAUAACUUGUCAGUUUAUUCUAGAUCGUGUUAAUUAUGAAAAUGAAUUAACUGUUGGAUUUUUCAGCAAUAGAAAUAUUUUCGCAAUUGAAGCGCACGAUUUCCGAAUUUUUUACAAAAUUAGAGGAGAAGAGUUCUUUGAAGAUCUGGACGAAAUCGAAUUUAUUUGGAGGAAUGGCGAUGUUUUGGGUUGCGGUUUAGUUUUCCCUCCAACUGAUAUGCCUGAAAAACAACCUUAUGUUUUCUUUACUCAAAACGGGAAAUUAAUUGGCAAAUCAAUAAAAGGACUAUCUGAUAAUUAUUGCAAGCCGUAUUUAAGUCUGAAAUGCUGUUCUGUUAAAACUAACUUUGGAGAGGAUUUGGAUAAUAAUCCAUUUAAAUAUGAUGUUUCUAAACACCACGUUUCUCAAGAAUUUUAUGAGAAUUCUGAAGAAUAG